AUGGUGCAGUACGAGCUGUGCAAGUUCUUUAUGGCCGUUGAUACGGUGGAAUAUCGCCGUGGACCGCAGCUGUUGCGUCAUUUCAUGGAACUUGUUCGCAGUCAAAAUUCGUAA